CAUGAAAACCUCCAUAUUCUGAUUUAUGGCCCUGAAAAUCCCACUUCACCUUCCCUGCCGGAACUGCUGCUUCUCUGCUCGACGAACCAGAAUCUGAAGGAAGGAAUUGGGUUCUUUGCCAGCGUCGGCACUUUCCGGUGACGCCGCGCCGCCCCGCAGCCUAACCGCCUUCAUGGUUUAUUGAUUUGAAGUCUCAGUCAAGAUCCACAUCAUGGGAAAAUCCUCGGGUGAUGAAAAGAUUCUCAGCUACAAAGACGUCUUGCUCAGACGGUCGGAUCUGGACAUACUUAGCGGUCCAUACUUUCUCAAUGACCGUAUCAUUGAGUUCUAUUUCAGCUAUCUUUCUUCAUGCUAUCCUUCUCCAGAUAUUUUACUGGUUCCACCUUCAAUUGCUUUUUGGAUAGCAAACUGCCCUGAUGUUGAGGGACUUAAAGAUUUCGUAGAGCCUCUAGAUUUGCCUGGUAAGAAAGUUGUAAUUUUCCCAGUCAACGACAAUGAAAAUGUGGGCCUAGCAGAUGGUGGUUCUCAUUGGAGCUUGCUGGUGUUUGAGAGAGAUGCUGGUGUAUUUGUGCAUCACGACAGCUCACGAGGGAUGAAUAGUCGAUAUGCCAGGCAACUCUACGAAGUCCUAGUUAGAUUUAUAAAUGGCUCAAAUUCAGCAUCUGAUGCCAAAUUCAUUCAAUGUAGUAGCUCGCCCCAGCAGCUAAAUGGUUAUGAUUGUGGGUUGUAUGUGAUAGCUACUGCAAGAGCGAUAUGUUGCUGGCAUGAAACUGCUAAAUUGAGCAACAAGAAGGAUCUUUGGUUUUCUUCUGUUGAGGAGCAAGUUACUCCGCCUGCUGUUACUGAAUUAAGAAAAGAGAUUCUUCAGCUGGUUAAAGAUCUGAUGACUGCUAGCGCUAAGUAAUGAUGCUGAUUGGGGGGGUAAAGGAGAGAGAGAAGGGGGGGGGCGGCGCUGCAGAAAGAACGGAAUACCAGCGUGACGAGGCUUACCUGGAAAGACAUUCGGGUGUCUCAUCGGCUCAGGAAGAAUGGAGAAAAUUUCUCCAAAGGUGGGUUCUUGCAAAGGAUCUUAGAGAUGUUUUUUGUGUUUCUGAAAUCCAAAGGAUGGUCAGAUCUACUUGGGCAUUCAUGACAUCCUGGCUCUAUCCCUCACACUCUUCUCAAUGACUAGCAAAAAUGUGUUUUUUCUUAUUCUUUUCCGGGUCGGAGAGUACGUAGCAUUGAGGGGUGUUAUGUUAGUAGCAUUCAGGGUAUUCUAGUGCGACUGCAAUGUGUCCUAGACUUCAACUCUUCAUAUAUGUACCUUCAAUUUCCAUGUGAACUUGCACCUUCGUGAAAGUACAGUUUUUAGUUCUGCUCUUUGGGUGAAAGGAUCAUCUGUUUUGUUUUA